ACUAUGGACCAACCCGGCCCCUGAGCAACCACAUAUGGACUUUCAACCACUUCCCACAUAGGUGCAAUUUGGCUUAUUAAACCUGAGCCAACCAGCUGUGGGAGCUGCUGGGGAGGAAGCACCUUCACCAGCUCAGAAUCCAAACAGACUCUUUUUUAGUGUAUUUCCCCACCAGACCAGGAGCAGGGACUGGCAGAGAUUGUGGAUGAGGGAGAGAUGUUUGUUUCUCCGUUUCUCAUCUCUUCCUCCCAAGGGGUCUGAUUAGAAGCAGCGGUCACAGGUGGAGAAGUUUCUCUAGGGAACACAAACAGACCAGGAGAGGGGAAGGGCUGUGGUCAGCUGGGCCCUGAACACAGAACGUGACUGCGUUCAAAGGCAGCCUGAGCAUUGUAGAUCAGGCCUGAGAAAAUAAUCUGUUUUCAAUCUCACCAGGUGCUCGAUUCCUGUCCACUGUGAUCACCCGACUCUGCACAGGGCUGGCCCAGUGAUUGUGGGAGGGUCAGUCAGAGGUUUAUUAGAUAAACUUUACUGAUGUAUUUUCCCUGCAUGUAUCUUUGUCUUUAUCCUCCUGUGAUGGGCUGUGCAUAGCCCACGCUAGGCAAGAAAGAGUUAACCCAACGCUAUGGAUGGUGGAAGUCGCGCCCCUCAGACCAUGCUGGGUAUGUGCCAAGUGGUGCCUCAGUAUAAAAGGGAGCAGCCCAGCUCAUUCCAGGCUGACCCCCGAGGAGGGAGGACAUGGUGGCAGAGGAUCCUGCCCAGGAGUGGACUCGGAAGCCUAGGGAGCGACCCUCACUGAAGAUCUUGGAGACCCCAAUGAUGUACAGACCCCGGCUUCAGGGAACACGCACGAGUCAGUUCCAGGAAGGGAAACACCCAUGUGUUGCUGCAGGUGGGGCAUAGUGUGAACUCAGAAAAUUGAAACAUACAUUGUUACCCUGUUCCACUGCCCAGAGGGGGCCAUGGCUGCAGAGAACCCUGUGGAAAGUCUCCAGGAGGAAGCGACAUGUCCCGUCUGUCUGGAGUAUUUCACAGAACCUGUCACUCUGGAGUGUGGGCACAAUUUCUGCCGAGCCUGCAUCAGCCAGUGCUGGGAGGGAUCCGAUACAGCUGCCUCCUGCCCUCAGUGCAGAGAAACUGUGCAACAGAGAAACCUCAGGCCCAACAGGCAGCUGGCAAAUGUUGUAGAAAUCACCAAACGGCUGAGUUUACAGGCAGAAAAGGGGGCCAGAGGGGAAGGGGUGUGUGAAAGACACCAGGAGACACUGAAACUGUUCUGUGAAGAGGAUCAAACCCCCAUCUGUAUGGUGUGCGACAGAUCCCGGGCUCACCGCGCUCACACGGUGGUUCCCAUAGAGGAAGCUGCCCAGGAGUACAAGGAAAAAAUCCAGGCCCAUUUGCAGACCCUGAGGGAAGAGAGAGAAAAGCUGCUGGGAUUUAAAGAGGCUGUAACGAAGAGAAGCCAGGAGCAUCUGAAACAGACAGAAACAAAGAGGCAGAAGAUUGUGUCUGAAUUUCAGCGACUGCGGCAGUUCCUGGAGGAACAAGAGCGACUCCUGCUGACCCAGCUGGACAAGCUGGAUGAGGAGAUUGUGAAGAUACAGAAUGAAAAUGUCAGUAAACUCUCUGAGCAGAUUUCCCAUCUCAGUGAGCGGAUCAGUGACAUGGAGAGGAAGUGCCAGAAGCCAGCAAGUGAAUUCCUGCAGGAUGUCAGAAGCACCUUGAGCAGGUGUGAGAAGGGGACGUUCCAGCAGGCAGUGGAGAUUUCUCCUGAACUGGAAGUGAGACUCGGUGGUUUCUCCCAGAAGACUAUUGCUGUAAUGGAGACUCUGAGGAAUUUCAAAGACACUCUGCCGUCUGCACUGGAGACACCAAGAGGGGAACCCAUCGGAGCACACAGACAGGUGAAUGUGACUCUGGAUCCAGACACGGCUCAUGCCCUCCUCAUCCUGUCUGAGGAUUGGAAAAGUGUGAGAUGGGGAGACACGCGGCAGCGACUACAAGACAACCCUGAGAGAUUUGACUCUGAUCCCUGUGUGCUGGGCUGUGAGGGAUUCACCUCGGGGAGACAUUGCUGGGAGGUGGAGGUGGGGGAUGGGCUAUUCUGGGCAGUGGGGGUGGCCAGAGAGUCUGUGAGGAGGAAGGGAGAGAUGAACUGUAGCCCUAAGGGGGGGAUCUGGGCUGUGCGGCGGUGGUGGGGUCAGUUCCGGGCUCUCACAUCCCCUGUGACCCCCCUGCCCCUGAGCCGGGCCCCCAGCAGGAUCCGGGUUUGUCUGGACUGUGACCGGGGGCAGGUGACAUUUAGCGAUGCUGGUGACGGGGCCCCGAUCUUCACUUUCCCGCCAGCCGCAUUCAAUAGGGAGAGAAUCCGACCCUGGCUACAGGUCUGGGGUCCAGACACCCGGCUCAGACUGUGUCCCUGAGCUGGGGUGGGUGGGAAAGAUAGUACUGUAAACCCUGAGAUCAGCCUGUCUGCUCUCAGACAGCGCAGUCUCUGUGACCCUGGAGAUUGCUUUGGGUCUCAGCCUUUGCAGUGUCAAUCCAUACAGAGCAUUUAUUGAGCGAGGUGGAGAAGCCAAUCUCAUCACUGCCCCAGGGACUAUGCAGCCUGUUUGCCACUGUCCUCUAGAGCCAGGAGGACUCUGGGGAUCCUGGGUCAGACAGUGUCACUGAGACAUGGGGAAACAGCCCACUGGGAAUAGAAAAACAGGCUUCUCUAGCCACAGUCCUCCUAGCCCCUAUGACCUGGAGCACUCCCAUCUACCCAGCGUUCUGGCUUAUCUUUAUAACCUGAGAAGACUCCUGUCUACCCAAUCUUUGAGCUCUAUGACCUCUGCA